CAAAACGCAACUGUUAUUGGAUUGCACCUAACAGUAAUUUCUUAUUUAUCGUGCCUCAUUCGACACUUCACCUGCAGAGGAACACGAAGUAUGCGUCAGAUCUAAGAGAAAAACCAUACAUACACAGGAAACGUUCUUUACAAACUAAGCUAUUCUCACCAAACAGCUCCUAAUCAUCACCGACGCUCGGAUACAACGACGAAUAGAUCGGAAGCCAAUCAAGCCAAGGAAGGAGGACCUACUGGUGUUUGAGACUUCGAGGCGAGAAGGUGAUUGACCAGGAGUCGCUGUGGGAUCAUAAAACGGAGGGGAUCGCAAUGGACAAGAAUAAGAACCGUACUGAUAUGCUUGCUGCUGGCCGUAAAAAGCUUCAACAAUUUCGUCAGAAGAAGGACAAUAAAGGUAGUAGCAGUCAUGGAAAGUCCUCCAAAAAGUCUAGCAAAUCUGAGCAGCACGAAUCUUAUGUUGAUGCAGCACCAAAUUCUGCCAAUUCAACAGCAUUGCCACAGGUUCUUGAAGGGGAAACUGUGUCUAGCAUCAAUCCUGUUUCGGGAGUUGAAGAUUCUUCCGUAUCUUCUUCUAUAGAGGAUUCUGUGGCUCCUGAUGCCAAUGUUGUGGCGGUUGAUCCAUUGUCAAUUCCCAUGACAUAUGAAACUGCAUCAAUUGAUAAUGCCAAUAUGGAUAAGCAGGAAGUGUGUGUUCAUGAAAACAAUAUUGAAUUAUCAAACUCUAAUGAUGGUGAACGCAUUGAUGUGUUGGCCUCUCCAGCCAUUGUUGAGACUAUAGACAGUACUACUGUCACAUAUGAAUUGGAAAGCAGCAGUAGGGAAAAGGCGGAAUCAUUGCCAUUAAAAGAAAAUACUCCUGAUAUGUUCUUGAUUUGUGCUAGGGGAGAUCAGGUAACAGAUGUAGGGGCAAUGCAGGAAGCUAAUGGUUUGGUUUUGGAGCAUUGUGGUGGAACCCAUGUCAUAGACCUCGAUGGAGAUGGGAGACUGGCUUUGUCUGAGCACGGUGAUAAUGCUGCUUCUGGAGAAAGGGAUGCUUUUGAACAGACUGGUUUGGUAGAUUUGGCCUCUCAACUGAAUCAAAAUGAUGGUGCAUAUAGUGAAUCUGCUUCUGCCAGUGCUGUGGAGAUGAUGGAUGGGCUUCUGGCAUCUACUUUACCCCUUUCAGAGGCAGAUGGAAUUCUGGGAGGUGUUUCUGAUGUGGUAAAUCAACAAAGCAAAGUCAUUUAUGUCGAUCCAUCUAAUAGAGAAGAAGCUGAGAUGCUGUCUGGGACUGGUCAGUGUGGAAAAAGUGAGGGAGGCAGCCAAAUUGAUAGGACUGUAGAGGCAUGUAAGCAGCAAUUUUUGCCUGAGGAUUCUCUUAUAUUUGUGGGUAAAAGCCAUGAAGAGCCUCAGUUGGCUAAAUUGACAAAUUCAUAUGUGGGCCUUACUACAUCUGCUCCUGUUGAUGCAUGCUCAAUCAAUCUGUCUCAGCUCAUUGAAGUGACAAAAGGGCUGAAUGAAACUGAGUAUGGGUUGCUACUUAGGUCUAUAGGAUUAACUGAUAGUUUGAUCUCAUUUGAACAUGGUCAUCCUCUUUUAACAGAGAGAUUCAGGGAAGAAUUAUUCCUUGCAAUUUGUACAAAGGAUAUACUGGAAUUGCAACUCACUGAACAUUCUUAUCUUCAAACAGAGUGUGAUAAUCAGUUUCAGCAAAUGGAUAAUGAGCUAUCUGUCCUUCGUGCUUCACUCAAUGAAGCUUGUGAAAGGUGCAACUCCCUUGCUCAAGAGCUUGUGGAAUGCAGGUCUGAACUCCUGGCUGCCGCUAGUGGGAGGGAGGACUUCCAACUUCAAUUUCAUGCGGCAAAGGCAGAAGUUAAGGAAGUUUCUGCUAGAGCAAAGGAGUUGCAGAGUAGUCUAGAAAGUUCUCAAGCAGAUAUAUCAAACCUAUUGAAGGAGUUGGCUGACUCUAAGGGAUUGGUGGGGACAUUACUUGCAGAAAAUGAUAACUUAAAUCAGACUAUUGCUUUGCUGACUGAGGAGAGAAAGAAACUUGUGCAUGAAAAAAAUACUUGUCUGCAAGAGAAUGAGAAAAUAUUGAAGGAGUUAGCUGACUGCAGGAAUUCAGUGGCAGCCUUACUGGCGGAAAAUUCCAACUUAAGUGGAACUCUUGCUUCGGUGACGGAGAGGAGCAAGCAGCUUGAAGAGGAGAAGGAGUAUCUUGCUAAUGGGAAUGAGAAGCUUUCUAUAGAUUUGUCUGACUGUAAGGGUUUGAUGGAAACUUUACAGGUGGAAAAUGCCAACUUAGGGGGAGACCUCGUUAUGCUUUCAGAGGACAGAAAGAAACUUGAAGAGUACAAGGAGUAUUCAGUUAUAGAGAUGGAGAGACUUUCAUCUGAGCUUCUUGUUCUUCAUGAGAGGAUAUCUAAAGAUCAUGGGGAACGCAAACAGUUGGAGGAUGAGUUAAAAGAAGUGACACUACGUCUUGAAGAGCUGUCUGAGGAAAACAUAUUUCUUCAAAGCAGCUUAGAACUGCAUAAAGCUAAGAUAAGAGAAAUUGAUGACAAGCAAGCCCAAAGAUCUUUUCCAGGUGGGGAUAUUCUGAAUCAAGAAGGAGGUGAGGAAGUACAGAUCAGGAGCUGCGAGAAAGAAGCUGUUAAUGAGCAGUCUCACAAAAUGCAAGGAACACGAGAUGAUGGAUUGUCUGAUGGGCUUUCAGGUAGAUUGCAACCUGAGCCAUUUGAGCAUGAAGUUUUUGAUGAUACUUUGGGGUUUAUAGUAUUGAAAGGACACCUUGAAGAGGCGGAUAGAGUAUUGAAAAAACUUGAGGAGACAGUUGAAGGGAUGUUUUCACAUGCAGGAUCCUCAGGUAGAGCUGCUGGUAAAGUAUCUGCUCCAGCUGUAUCAAAGCUAAUUCAAACUUUUGAGUCAAAACAGCACCAUGAUGAAAACGAGGCAGAGGAAAUGAUCUUGAUGGAUGAUCCAUCAGCAGCAGCUGAUCCAUUUUUAUUAAUAAAAGAGCGUACAAAAGAUUUGAAGGCGGUGCUUAAGCAAUUAGCCUUGGAUGCUGUAAAUGCUACUUUACUAUUCAAGACAGAGAGAGGUGGGAGAAGUGCUGCUAAUCUUUCAAUCAAGGAGUUCAAGUUUGAGUCUGAGUCCAUGAAGGAACACAUUGAUAAUCUGGAAGCAACCAACCUUGAGCUUGUGGUUCUUUAUGAAGCUCUAAAGCAACAUGUUUCUCAUGUUGAAGAAAAGAACCAACAGCUUGAGUUUCUUUAUGAGACCUUGAAGCAAAAAGACAGUAGUCUUAAAGCAGAAAAGAGUGAGCUUAGCAAAAAGUUGUCUGAGUGUGAAUCCAGGAUAGAUGAAUUGCAGAAUCAGUUGUGUGAUUCACUGAAAAAUUCGGAUGAGCUGGCUUUUGUACUUCGUGGUCAGUUGGAAAAUUUCCAGACGGAAGCAGCAGAUAGGGCUUUGGCAGUUGAGAAGGAAUGGAAUUGUACCAUCACUCAGAUUAUUGAAGCAGUUGAGAGGCUUGAUGACUCUAGUGGAUUUCUGUUCACCUCCUCCAUAGCAACUGGCUCUAAUGGUUCCUUGGAUAUAGGCAGCCAUGCUGCUGCUUCUGUUAAUGCAGCUAUUAAAACCAUCAAGGACCUGAAGGAUAAACUUGAAGCAGCUUACUCAGACCAUGAAGCAACCAUUAAUUUAUUCAAAGAAGUGAAGAAGAAGUGUAAUGAGUUACUAGGAAAGAAUGAAUUAGCCUGUGGCACAUCGCACAUGUUAUACUGUGAGCUUAGGAAACUUGUGAUAGAUUCAUGUGGCUCUGUGGCAGAAUCUGACAUUGACAUACAAGAUAAGGAGGUUUGUGGCCCUUUAGAAUACAGUGAGUACAAAACCCUUGUGGAGAAAUUGGAGAAUUUUCUCGCUGAGAGGUUGCAUCUUCAGUCUGUUAACUACCAGCUCAAUUUGGAACUUACAAGUAAAACUAAGGAUGCUGAGGAACUGAAUAGAAGAUGUAUUGAUCUAAGUUCCAUUGAAAAGUUAAUUGAAAAUGUGGAGGGCGUAGUGAAAUUGGAAGACAGUGAGAUGGACUUGGGUGGAACACCUAUUUCACGUCUAGAGUCACUGGUGUCUUUCCUUGUUUGUAAAUGUAAGGGGGCUGAUGAGCAAGUUAGCUCAUUUAGGGAAGAGUUUGGAUCCAAGGUGGAGGAAUUGACUGAAUUGCAGGAAAGGAUGCAUCACUUAACUGACUUGAAGCUUCAGCAUGAAACUGAAAUCCUUCUCCUCAAAGAAAAAUUAAGCCAGGUUGAGGAAGCCUUUAUCAGCAUGCAAUCUGAAUUACGCGAAAAAGUGAGUGAACUUGAACAGUCAGAGCAGAGGGUAUCUUCACUUAGAGAGAAGCUUAGUAUUGCUGUUGCCAAGGGGAAGGGGUUGGUUGUGCAGCGCGACAGUCUCAAACAGACCCUGUCAGAGGCUUCCAGUGAAUUGGAAAGAUGUUCACAGGAGUUACAACUGAAAGAUGCCAAGCUGCAUGAGCUAGAAACAAAAUUGAAGACUUAUUCAGAGGCUGGUGAACGUGUGGAGGCUCUGGAAUCUGAGCUCUCAUACAUUCGCAACUCUGCUACUGCAUUAAGAGAAUCUUUCCUUCACAAAGACUCGGUGCUUCUAAGAAUAGAAGAGAUUUUAGAAGACCUAGAUCUGCCAGAGAUUUUUCAUUCAAGAGAUAUAAUUGAGAAGGUUGAUUGGUUAGCUAGGUCAGCCACUGGAAACUCUUUGCCUCCAACUGAGUGGGAACAGAAGAGUUCUGUGGGUGGUUCAUACUCUGAUGCUGGUUUUGGUGUCAUGGAUGCCUGGAAGGAGGAUAUAAAGCAAAGUUCAAAUACAGGUGAUGAUUUGAGAAGGAAAUAUGAUGACCUUCAAGGUAAGUUUUUUGGGUUGGCUGAACAAAAUGAAAUGCUGGAACAGUCAUUAAUGGAGAGGAAUCAGUUGGUGCAGAGGUGGGAAGAACUUCUGGACAGGAUUAAUAUGCCUGCAUACUUACGAUCUGCAGAACCGGAGGAUAGGAUUCAGUGGUUAGGAAAUGCGCUUUCGGAGGCUACUAGCGACAGGAAUUCUCUGCUUGAGAACAUUGAUAAACUCGAACACUAUUGUGGAUCUCUAACUGCAGAAUUGGAGCAGUCUCAAAAGAGAAUAUCUCCCCUAAAGGCUGAAUUGGAGGACACACAGAGGAGAUUAUCUAACUGUCAGAUGGACAUUCAAGCAGUUAUCCAUGAGAGGCACAACCUCUCUGAAAGAUUUGAGGCUCUGAGCUGUGAUCAUGAGAAACUUUCAGCAAAAGCAGUCCAUUUUGGUAUUGAAAAUGAAAAACUACAGAAUGAGGUCAAUGCCUUGCAGGAGCAAUUGGUCCAGAGCCUUGGGAAUGAGGAGCAUAUUCAGAGAAUGAAUGGCGAGAUAUGCAGACUGCAAGAUUUAGUUUGUGAUGCAUUGAAGGAUACUUGUACAAAAGAUUUGGUUUCUGGUGGAAAUACUAUUGAGUGCUUGGAAGGAUUAGUAAGGAGGCUUAUAGAAAACUAUACAACUCUCUCUUUGAUAAAAACUGUUUCUGGGGAUGCAGUUGAAGAGCACCAUGCUAGAGAAGCUGAUAAAAAUCUCGGUGAGGAGAGAACUAGAGAUAUCCUGGAUAAUUUGGAGUCUGAUGUAGCUCUACUGAAGAAAGAUGCAGUGGAUAGUAAUGAACCAAAUGUGGAUCUUUUGAAGAAAGAGCUGGAGGAGACAUUGAGUGAACUGUUACAUGUAAACGAGGAAAGAGACAGAUAUGUGGAGAAGCAACAAUCUUUGAUUUGUGAGGUUGAAGCACUUGAAAGACAAAGGGCUGAGUUGCAGGAGCUACUUAAUCAGGAGGAGCAGAAGUCUACUUCUUUAAGAGAGAAAUUGAAUGUUGCAGUUAGAAAAGGGAAGUCUUUGAUUCAACAGCGUGAUAGUAUUAAGCAAACUAUUGAAGAGAUGGGUGCUGAGAUGGAGCACUUGAAAUCUGAGGUUAAGCACCGGGAAAAUGCUCUUCAAGACUAUGAAGUGAAGAUGAGAGACUUAACUGCUUUCUCUGAUAGGGUGGAUGCCCUGGAGUCCGAAAGUUUGUUCUUAAGGAAUCGUUUGGCUGAAAAUGAUCGCAUUUUGCAGGGGAAAGAACAUACUUUAUCCAUAGUUUUGAAUACUCUAGGGGACAUUGACCUUGGUGGUGAAAUUUAUAAUAGUGACCCAAUUGGGAAAUUGGAACAAGUUGUGAAAUUAUGCCAUGAUCUGAAUGCUGCCGUGGCUUGUGCAGAGGAAGAGUCUAAAAAAUCUAGAAGAGCAGCAGAGCUGUUGCUUGCAGAACUGAAUGAAGUUCAGGACAGGAAUGAUGGUCUCCAAGAGGAGCUAGCCAAAGUCAGAUAUGAACUUGUGCAUCUCUCCAAGGAUAGGGAGGUGGCAGAGGCUGCAAAAUGUGAAGCCCUUUCACGUCUUGAUAAGUUAUCCUUGGAUCUCAUUGAGGAGAAAAAGAAACAAUAUUCUGGAUAUACCUCAUUAAAAUCUGCUGCAGAUCAACUCAGGAAGAGUUUCUCUGAUAUCAACAAUUUACUAGCUGUUUUUUUCUCUGAGGACUUGGAAUUUCUGCAAAAUCUAGAGUCUAGUAUGAAUUCAUGCCUUAAUAGAGCAGAAUCUGAUCUUGUGGUUCAAGUCCCUCACUUUAGCGCAUAUGGUGGCAUUACAUCCAGUCGUUUGGGAAGCAAGUUGAACUUUGUGGCUGUGGAUUUUUCAUCAGAAACUAAUAUGCUGGACCAUUUGGAUGACUUUAUUUCUGAAGUUUGUAGUUCUUUGCAAGAAUUCAUUAAUGAAAUUGCCGCUGUUAAUAGUAUGCUACACAAACACUCUGCUAUAUUUCAUGAAAAAGCUGGCAAUCUAUCCAAAUUAAUGGGUUCUAUUCAUAGAGAUAUGAGUUCCCAGAAAGAGUCAUUUGAGGCCAUGAGGCAAGACAUUAGGCUUAGAGAUUCAGUGGGAAAAGAGAAGGAAAUGGAGAUUGCUGCAUUGCGCCGGAACAUUUCCUUGCUUUAUGAAGCCUGCACCAGUUUGCUCAUGGAAAUUGAGAAUAGAAAAGCUGAAGUUGUCACAAAGAGUGUGGCUGUUCGGGAUCUGGAAAUGAAUUUGAAAGCAGCAGCAUUUGGCGAUGGUGGACUUCCCUUUGGUGGAGAGAGAAAUUUUUCAUCCGAGGAACAUGUCAGGGCUAUGGCAGAAAAGCUGUUAUUGGCCGUCAAAGAAUUUGCUUGCUUAAUAGGUGAAAUCAGAGAGGGUAACCAGAAGGAAAUGAAAAUUACCAUCUCGAAUUUGCAGGAGGAGCUUCAGGAGAAGGACAUCCAAAGAGAGAGAAUUUGCAAAGAUCUUGUCAAUCAAAUUAAGCAAGCAGAAGCUGCUGCAACGAGCUUCUCCCUUGACCUUCAAUCAUCAAAAUCUUGUGUGCAUGAUUUGGAGAGGAAGGUGGAAAUACUUGAAGAUGAGCGGAAUUUAUUGGAACAGAAAGUAAAGGAACUUCAAGAUCAGCAAACCAUCUCAACGGAGUUACAGGAUAAAGUCAGAUCUCUGGCUGAUAGGCUCAAUGCGAAAGACCAAGAAAUUGAAGCCUUAAUGCAAGCUCUUGAUGAGGAGGAGAUACAGAUGGAUGAUUUAACAAAAAAAGUAGAGGAGUUAGACAGAGUUGUCCAACAAAAGAAUUUAGAUAUUGAAAAACUUGAAGCUGCUCGUGGGAAGGUUGUGAAGAAGCUUUCCACCACUGUCAGUAAGUUCGAUGAGCUUCAUCUUUUCUCUGAAAGUCUCCUUGCUGAGGUUGAAAAGCUUCAAUCGCAACUGCAAGAUCGUGAAGCUGAGAUCUCUUUCUUAAGGCAAGAAGUAACUAGAUGCACAAAUGAUGCUCUUGUCACAUCUCAGACAAGCAACAAGAGAAAUUCAGAUGAGCUCUGUGAGCUAUUGACAUGGUUAGGCUCAGUGGUGUCUCUAGAUGUCAAUCUUGCUGAUAGCAGUCAGAUUCACACGUAUAAAGAAAUAAUUCAGGAAAAGAUAACUUCUGUUUUGUCUGAAUUGGAGGAUCUGCGAGUAACAGCUCAAAGCUGGGAUGCAUUAUUGCAAAUAGAGAGGAGUAAAGCGGAUGAUUUAAUCCGCAGAGAAAAAAUUCUUGAAAAAUCUUUGCAUGAUAAGGAAUCCCUAUUAAAGAUGCUUGAAGUUGGCAGAGAUAUGGAGCAGCCAACCCGUGCAAGCUCUGAAAUUUUGGAAGUUGAACCUGUGAUAAAUAAAUGGACCGUCCCUGGGCCCUCUGCUGCUUCUCAAGUACGCAGUUUGCGCAAAGUCAACAAUGAUCAAGUUGCUGUUGCUAUAGACAUGGAUCCUGAUGGCACUAAUAGACUAGAGGAUGAAGACGAUGAAAAAGUUCAUGGUUUCAAGUCACUCACUUCAUCGAGAAUUGUCCCAAAAUUUACCAGACCUGUGACUGACAUGAUUGAUGGUCUAUGGGUUUCAUGUGAUCGGGCACUAAUGCGACAACCUGCCUUGAGGCUUAGUAUUAUGAUCUAUUGGGCUUUAUUGCACGCAUUGCUUGCAGCUUUUGUGGUUUGACAAGCCGAACUGGUUCCCAUAUAUUUUGAAGGCCAAGUGGGCACAAUCUCCCGUUCAGCAUUAUUUCUCUUAUGGGUUUUGAGUCCUGUAUAUUUAGUGAUUUUUUCUUUUUCUUUCUAAACGUGGCCAGAUUGAUUUAUUGUUUAAGCUGAACCAGGCAACUGUGAUUGCAGUUUUUUAUUUUAGCGAAUCUCAGAUUGCUUGGUUGUAUUGUAUCUAAUAAGUGGAGGGAGGACCUCUGUUGCAUUUACUGAGGGCAUGGUAUUAGAAUUUGUUUUACUUUAACCAACCAAAGGUUGAACAUUGCUACUUUUA